AUGGGAGCAGACUCCUCUGAAGUCAGGAGGUCCGUGUUUGCUCCAGAGAUUACAUACCAUGCUGAAGCCUGCAGUCUGCUCCCACCUCCUGAGGCUGAGGCUACUGCUUAUGAUGCUGCAGGUCUGGCCCAGGCUCAUGGGUGUCAUGGGCCUGGCAGGCUCGGUGUCAGUGUGGGCGGCCUCCUGACACGCGCUCUCUCCGUCUGGACCGACACCCACACCCACGUCAUGACGUUCGCACAUGUGGGACCUGCUCCAAGCUCAGCCUCUGCUUUAUGUCUCAACCCUGCUGCUCUGCUCCAUUUGUCUUGUGACUUUGGUGUGGUGUGGUCAUGA